CGAAUGGGAAGUGAUGUAAAAUCAAGAUGGCAGCCACUAGUCUGGCGGCUCAGCAAGGGUUGACGUAAUUGUAGUAUAAUGUAUCAAAUGAAAACGAGCUAGUAUGUCAGCAAUUACUGAAAAGUCUUCAUCGAAUCGGAAAGAUCAUAACUGUAAUCAUGGAAUUGAGAAAGCCUCUAGGCAGCUAGACAAGGAGAAACAUCCAUGUAUAACAGAACAAGAAAUGAGUUUGAAAUGCCUUGAUGAUAAUGGCUAUGACAGAGAUAAAUGCAACAAGCAUUUUCAAAACUACAGAAACUGCAGGGAAUUCUGGCGCCUUGUUGUGCUUGACAGAAAGAGAAAAGGUGUAACUCCCUACUUACCACCUCCACAAGAACGUAGCAAUAUAAAGCAAGAAUACAAGCAUCUUAUUCCUUGGAUGUAAUUCUUUUACCUCGAUGUCAAUCAUGUAGUAAAAUCUAGUGUAGAAUUUUUUCAGUAUAAAAUGCUAUAAAGUUAUGAAGUGUAUUCUCAUUUGUAAUAAAUGCACAUUUAUAAAUA